AUGGAAGAUCAGGGCCAGCAUGACCCCAAUAGUCCAAGCCAUGGUUCCGAGAAAAGCGAACCGGUUAGGUCAAGGUGGACUCCAAAGCCAGAACAAAUCCUCAUACUCGAGUCCAUCUUCAACAGUGGAAUGGUGAAUCCACCAAAGGAAGAAACCGUCAGAAUAAGAAAACUGCUUGAGAAAUUUGGCACCGUCGGUGAUGCCAACGUCUUCUACUGGUUCCAGAACCGACGCUCGAGAUCUCGCCGCCGGCAGCGCCAGCUUCAGGCAAGCCUUGAGCAAAGUAACCAGAUGCAACCUCAAGUUGGUGGUGCAAUUCCAUGUGAUCAGAAUCAGACAACCUUUCCUGCAAACACAACCAUGGGUUUUGGUUCUGGUUCUGGUUAUUCUUCUUCUUUCACUUGUUCUUCUCAAUGUUUUCUACCUGGUUCCUCUUCAUCAUGCGGUGUCGUUUGUAGCCAAGAAAACAUGGAUGGUUUCUUUUCAGUCUCUCCUCAAAUGGGUUUCCCAGAAAUUGAUCAUAGCUCAGCUGCAUCAUCAGUUUUGUACCCUUCUGUUACUUCAAAUUUGAACUAUGAAUCUGGAUUCAUUACUGUAUUUAUCAAUGGGAUUGCAACAGAACUACCAAAGGGGCCAAUAGACAUUAAAACAGUGUUUGGAGAUGUAAUGUUAGUUCAUUCCUCUGGAGUGCCACUUCCCACCAACGAAUUCGGGUUCUUGAUGCAGAGCUUGCAGCACGGUGAAAGCUACUUUCUGGUUGGCACAUAG